AAAAGCGUCCCUUCGCUAUCGUGCGAAGAUGAAUUUUGCCCCGGUAACAUGCAAGGCGUUUAGCGCCAUGCAAAACCUGGACAUAGCGCAGCUAGCCACCUGCAGCCAGCAGGAAAUACGGCCACUGCUGCCGUGUCUCGUACGUAUGAGCUUGCUGUCGCCCCUGGACAACACCAAGGGAUGGGCCGAAGCCCGGAAGCAAAUUCUUUCCCUGCUGGUUGGAAUCGAGGUGGUGAAUAAUAUUGUGUCGUUGCUGCAAGUCAACUACCAUGAGUUGGAGAUAGAUGUAAAGAAAGAGCAGCAGAUCAGGCAAAAAAUCGGAUACACAACACAGGAUUCGGCACAGUUCCAUAGCCUUCCGAAUGGUAUUGUGAUGGGGUUUGAACGAGCGGACGGUACGAACAAAGUUCGUGUGGUUCUGUCGGAACUGUUCUACCUACAGGCCCAGAUCAACGAGCUGGCAACGCAAGCGUCGCUACAAAAAUCAUCCUCCAACGAGCUUACCAUACGCCCAUCGGAGUUGUUUGACAAUGAAAUCUAUCUGGAAGAAAUAGCCGAUAUCAUCUGCAUCGCGCUGGCUGAGCUUCCUUCGCUGCUGAACCUGCAGGAGGUGGUCGAAACGCUACUGUACGUCCGCAACGGUUCCAAGAUUGUGUGCUGGAUCGUAGCAAACAUGCCGGAUUGCUUUCGGGAGGUAGUAACCGCUCUCAUAACGAACAGCGAUGAAGACACAACGGAUGGUCGUGUGAAGCUGGCGGCGCUAUACGAGCUGAGCGAAAUGAACCCCAGCCAGGCACUGUCGAUGCGCACAAUCUGCGUGGAAACGGUAAAGAUGCCUUCGCUGAUGAUCAAACUGAGUCUGCAGGAUCCACAAAAUCUGGUAGCAUUUGUGUGUGGAUUGCUGCUGGGCAACGAUCAAAACAUUCGCUCCAGCUUCGCCUUGUACAUCCGCACGAGUCAAAAGCGUAAAGGGGACGUGUUGCAUCAACUGCGGGAAGAAUUUUUAAAGCAACUAAUGAACAUCAACAUGCAAUCCGUCAACGGCACAUUGCUGGAAGAGCUCGUAGUGCAGGCUGCUGCCAUCGUACGUCUUUAUUGUGCACUACGUACCAUAUCGGGGAUCAAGUUCUUUGACGAGGAAGUCCAAUUGCUAGUGCAGCUGAUCACUUCGAAACCACCACCGACACCGGCCGGCAUUCGGUUCGUUUCGUUGGGCCUUUGCAUGUUCAUUGCGUGCCCUUCCCUCAUUGCGCAUCAGUCGCACGAGGCAAAGAUGAUAGAAUGGAUACAGUGGCUGAUCAAGGAGGAAGCGUACUUCGAAAGUGUGAACGAAGUUACGGCCUCGUUCGGUGAGAUGCUACUCCUGUUGGCAAUCCAUUUCCAUAGCAACCAGAUGGUACACAUCACCGAGCUGGUUUGCUCAACGCUGGGGAUGAAGUUUUCCCUACGUCCCAACACGAUCACACGCAUCAAGGCGAUCUUUACGCAGGAAAUCUUUACCGAGCAGGUUGUUGCGGCACAUGCGGUCAAGGUACCGGUAACGCUGAAUCUUAACGCAACCAUUCCCGGGUACCUGCCCGUGCACUGCAUUCAUCAGCUGCUGAAAUCGCGUGCCUUCUCCAAGCACAAGGUUCCAAUCAAGAGCUGGAUCUAUCGACAGAUCUGUAAUUCGGUUACACCGAUGCAUCCGGUACUGCCGGCACUGGUGGAAGUGUUCGUUAACUCGAUUAUUCUCCCCAGCCAGAAGGGUUUGCAAGAGCAGCACACGCAUAAGGCGCUUUCCGAGCAAGAAAUAGCGCAGGUGUUCCAGAAUGCAGCCGGUCUGUGGAGCAAGGAACAGCAGAGCAAGAUAAAACCGUCGAAUCAUCCGACCGGUUCCGAUCGGCUGACAAAAGAACAUACGCCAAUGGAGGUGGACGAUUCGUCGGGCCAGCGGCAGCCAAAUCUGACACCUCAGCUGCUACUGCUCUACUAUCUACUGCUGUACGAGGACAUCCGGUUGAGCAGUAUGCCACAAAUCAUUGCCAGCGGUCGGCAGGUGAAGAGUUACACCAACGAGUUUAUGUCGGAACUGCCGAUCAAGUAUUUGCUGCAACAGGCGCAGAAAUCUCAACACGAAUACAGUGCACUGUUUAGUCCACUGUUACGUCUGCUGGUGACACACUUUCCGCACCUUUCGCUCGUGGACGAUUGGAUCGAUGAGGAGUGUAUUGCGGUCAGUGACAGUUCGGCCACUCCGCCCAUCAGCGAGCAGAUGAUCGUGGAAGCGUUCGAAGAGAUCGAUCAGAACCCGGCACGCAUUAUCAAACUGCUACGCAGAAUGUUGCGUAAGUCAGCUACGGAACUAUGGCCCUUGGCACAGACCUUUAUUCGCUAUUUCAAACACACGCUCAAUCCUACGGUACCGCUGCUUUUGCAAGAACUGUACCGACAGGUUUGGAUGCGAUUGAACACAAUUUUCCCACGUCGGCUGUGGGUUAUGUCGAUAAAUGCCUUGAUGCCUGCCGAUAAGGUAACAAAAAAUUUUACCCUUACCCAGGAAAACAUCCUGUUCGAUCCGUUGCAAGUGCUGCGCUGUGAUAAACGUGUGUUUCGCAGCUCCAAUGCUCUUACAAUUGUGUUGCGUAUCUUGCAAGCGAUAUUGGCCGCUUCUCGUAGUCAACUUACGCGCCACAUGCUCGACAAACCGCUGAUCGACAUUGGCAAUCAGGUCAAAACGGAUAACGAUCGUGAGGAGCUCAAGCUGGCAAUGAUCGCUACGCAGGAAAGCGUUGCGGUGCAGAUUAUACUGGAGGCGUGUCUCGAGAACGAAACGGACUCUGCGGAACCGGGCCGUUUGUGGGCGCUCCGGGAGGUUCGGGGUGUCAUAUGCUCCUUUAUCCAUCAGAUGUUUAUAGCGGAACCGUCGCUCGCGAAGUUGGUCCACUUCCAGACGUAUCCACGCGAACUGCUCCCAAUAACGGUGCGCGGCAUCCCGUCUAUGCACAUCUGUUUGGAUUUCAUUCCGGAGCUGAUGAGCAUGGCCGAGAUGGAUAAGCAAAUAUUUGCGAUCGAUCUUGCAUCACACUUGUCGCUGCAGUAUACGCUGCCCAAAUCGUUCAGCAUAGCUAAGCUGUGUGUUAAUACACUUUCGACGCUGCUGGGUGUACUGUCCGGAGAUACACGUAUCGAAAUGUUCCGUGCAGUGUUACCGUGCAUUGUGCGAUUUGCCCAAGCGUUCCCACCAUUGCUAGACGAGUGCAUACAAUAUCUGUUGCAGCUUGGCCGUAUAGUACAGUCGCAAGCUGCCCUUGGCCGUUCCACUUCGCUGCCUUCGUUGUACGUCGGGCAGGACUGCAAGCGCCGUUCGCAGAGUGGACAACUGCAGCACGCCGAAAGCUUGGUUGAUGAGGUGCGGGAAACUUUCGCCAAGCUAUUGGAUGCGGCAGUGCUGAGCCCCAAAAUAUAUUCACACUCGGAGACGUAAGGGAAUCUU